UGGAGUUUCCUUCCUGGCUUCUUGGCCUCACUCUCGCUGAUGCAGGGCCGGCCGGCAGCGAUGGCGGAGGACGGCUCUAGCUGCCAGGUGCCCCGCCUGGCGUGGCGGUGCGUCCUGAAUGCUCUGUUCCUGCUGUGUCUUGGUAUAGGGAUCUACUGCUUGCUCUGCAAUCUCUCACUGUGCCCGCAGCAGCAGCAGCUCGGGUCACCUGGGUGGGACAUAGCUGAGCUGCAGCUGAAUUACACAGGACCUCAGCAAGACCCCAGGCUGCACUGGCAAGCGGGUCCAGAACUUGGCCGCUCCUUCUUGCAUGGACUAGAACUGGACAAUGGACAGCUGCGUAUCCAUCGUGAUGGCAUCUACAGGCUGCACAUCCAGGUGACACUGGCCAACUGCUCUUCCAGGCGAACCACCACACCCCGCAGGGCCUCCUUGAUUGUGGGCAUCUGUGCCCCCACCACCCACACCAUCAGCCUACUACGCCUCAGCUUCCACCAGGGUUGUACCGUGACCUCCCAGCGCCUGGUUCCUCUGGCCCAAGGGGACAUCCUCUGCACCAAUCUCACUUUGCCACUGCUGCCCUCCCAAAAUUCUGACGAAACCUUCUUUGGCAUUCAGUGGGUGCACACUUGAAUGCUGCUCCUGCAGCCUGUACCUCAGUGGCUAGGGGCCAGCCACAUACACCAGAGCUGGCGGAUUCAAACCCAGCCUAGGCCUGCCAAACAACAAUGACAAUUACAAAAAAAAAAAAAAAAUCGCUAGGUGUUGUGGUGGGCACCUGUAGUCCCAGCUAUUUAGGAGGCUGAGGCAAGAGAAUUACUUAGCCCAAGAUUUUGAGGUUGUUGUGAGCUGUGAUGCCAUAACACUGUACUAAGGGUGACACAGUGAGACUCUGCCUCAAAAAUAAAAUUAAAAUUAAAAUUAAAUUAUUUCUUCAGGGUGGUGAGUAGUAUGGACAUUUUAGCAGUAUUAAUUUUUCCAAUUCAUAAACAAAAAAGUUGAUGAUAAGUAUUUUAUUCUUUUUCUUGCUCUUAUAAAUGGAAUAUACUAGUAAUGAACUAUCUUUUUUAGCUAUCUUUCAUGUGAUAUUUUGUGAAUUUUUUAACAUUCAUGAAUUUGUCUCUUCUUGUGUGGCGUUUUUUGUUUAUUUGUUUUUUUUCUUGAGAUAGGGUCUCGCUCUGUCACCCAGACUGGAGUACAGUGGUACAAUCAAGCUCACUGCAACCCUCCUGUGUCAGCCUCCCAAGUAGCUGGGACUAGGGACCUGCCACCAGCUAACUUGUUAAUUUUUUGUGGAGACAGGGUCUCACUGUGUUACCCAGGCUGGUCUCAAACUCCUGUGCUUAAGUGAUCCUCCUGCCUCAGCCUCCCAAAGUGUGGGGAUUACAGGCAUGAGCCACCAUGCCUGGCACUUAGUAUGGGUUUUUUAGCUUAAUCCUCUCCAAAAGUCCACACUGCUCAAAAUUGUUCUCAUCCUGCCUGGCUUGAAUCUCACAACCCAAAACCUGCCUGAGAUUCCAGUUCUGUCCUGACAUCUCUGGGUCUCUCUCUCUCUCUCUCUCUCUCUCACACACACACACACACACACACAC